AUGAAUAAGAAAAAAGACUUACUGUAUCAAGAAAUAACAGAAACAUGCUCUAACAGUAUUAAAGAUAGUAAUAAAAAAAUAUAUCUAGAAAAAAUUUUAAAAUAUCUUACGGAUUCCGCUUCCCCAUUAUACAUAUGGGAACAAAAUGGGAUUCCUAUACUUAUUUUACAGGAACUAAUAGAACCUUAUACAAGUUUACAAUCAUUUACUAAAGAAAUAUCUGAUAAUCUCAGUACUGUACUACAAAUAUUGUAUUAUCUCGUACAAAAUAAUGAAAUAAAAAAAGCCGUUGUGGAUGCAAGAUUCCAUUUUUACUUAUUUCGAUAUGUGACAAUUUACGAUAUAGCAAUCGUAUACGAAACGCCACGAAUUUGGGUGUUAAAAACAUUUCGCGAGCUCGUUACUGACCAGUACGUACAGUCACAAGUGAAAAAUACGGAAAUGGUACCAAUUUUACUAAAAAAUAUUGAUUUGGGAUCUAAUGAUGUAAAAUUAUUAAGUAUGGAAACCUUUUACAACUUAAUUAGUGGUGAUGAAGGAUUGAAAUUUGUAACACAAACAUUUGACAGAUUUAGUGCUAUUAACCAAGUUUUUAAUUCUAUAAGUAGAACUGUAUGUAAAAGCAAGACUUAUUCUAUCAUCAAGUUAAUAUUACAGGUGUACAUAAGAUUAUGUAGUAAACCACAUAUAAAACAGGCAGUUGCCAAUAAACUUCCGGAAAAUGUUAUAAGUGAAGAAAUGAAAUGUAUUGUAGAAGAUAAUAAAGAGUGUAAAGAAUUGUAUGAGAAACUAGUGUCAUUGAUAAAUAAAAAUUAA